AUGGCCGUAGGCCAGCGUGCCAGCUUCUGCGUUGCAACUAACUAUUCCCACGGCGUUGACGUCGCGCGCUGCGUCCCCCCCAACGAGCACGAAUGGUGGGAUCGUAACCUGAUGGACCGGUACGGCCGUUCCUCCAUGCUCCCCUUCUCUACACAAUCCCAGGACUCCCCGGCGAACCUAGUGCCCCUGCGUUCCGCCUUCCACCGCGUAUUCGACGAGCGUCACCUCUGUUUUGCUCCCAAGGUCGUGGACGGUUCAGAUUUUGACGACUGUCGACGAGAGAGAUCUGCCAGCGCCUGCUACCUCCUCCCAGCCUCCCCGGAACCAAACCCGCCUCCUGAUCCACGAUCGUUGUCCCAUCUCCCAACGGUCCAGGUCGCGGGCCUCUGGCACAACCGCGGCCUGCACGCUUUCCCCCCAGGUCUCUCAAAAGAGUGUCUUUUUGCACGCUUCGCCUACACCAUCCUCAGCCCCGCCGUCUUUUCCUCCACUUUUCUGUCAGGAACCAGGGUAUCCCGGUGUCUCCGCGUUUGGGAGCCUGUGGUGCAGAUCACGAACACCAAGAUAUUGGGCUCUGCUGAUUGCCGGAGGAUAGCGCGCACGGUUUGGUCUAGGCAUUCUGGCGACGGCGACGAGGGCGGAUGCGAGGUGGAGGGCGGGUUAUUGGCUCAGUUUGACCCGGAUCCUGCUUAUGCGACAAACGGGGACGAGGAAGAACGGGGGCGUGGGCCUAAUUCCAGGGUGCUCAGUGUGCUCAGUCUGCCCUUGGCGACUGAGCUCACUGAUCACUGUCGAGCUAUUGUUAUCCUGAUUGGUGAUCUUUACCUGGUGCUCAGUGUGCUCAGUCUCGGCUUGGUGACUGAGCUCACUGAUCACCUCGAUCACCUUCCUGGCUCCCUGAUUGGUCCUUUUAAUGAUUGCCUCGGGGCGUCCCGCGACCCGAGGUCCCUCCUGUUGGCAUAUUCGUGA